UCUGUGUCUUGCUAACGCGUGAUUGCCCAUCCCCGCUGUCACUCACGGUGUUUUGCUCGUUGGCCAGCAGUUCGCCUUCAUCUCACUCUCUGUUUACCAUAACGAUUUCCAACGAGUCUACCCGAGCGGACGCACCAUUACCAGGAAGCGGAUGUUGUUGACGGCUUCGUUUCAACUACUUCCGGUUUUAAUGGCAGGCUAACCCCGAAAAAGCAGAAGACGGCUCGUUUGACCUCCUUUUUCAUGUAAUUUAAUGGACAGACAGUGUUUUACGAACAAUGGCUUCUCUUAGCCAAUGGAGUUAUUUUCAAUCGUCUUAUAGUUUUGUCGUGUCAGUGUGGAGAACAGCUCGGUGAGAGAGCAUACCGGGUGGCUAGCUCGCUCAUGAAACCAUGGCAAGUGCUCGGCUCCUUCUCCCCAAAGAUGACGAAACACAUUUGUUAACAGUGCGGGAUUAUUAACCUAAUUAUUAGGCAAUAUGGAUUUACAAGGACUGUUGGGUUAUUUAAUUUACUAAGAGGGGAGUGGGCCUUUCGGAUGUUUGCUUAAGUUAACAGCAUUUGUUUUUUAGUGAUAAAGUUUAGAAAAGUUGCAAAUGUUGCCAAGGGAAGGACACGUAAAUUGACACACUCAUGAAUUCAUUAAUACAUUAGCUUAACUGAAUACAUUUUGGGGGCCUAUAUAGUGUCAACGUGUCACAUCCUGAUUUCAGUAGAUCCUGUUUGGGAAAAGUAAACAAACAGCCUAACUAACCAAUGACAUGUGAUACAUAUUGCUAUUCAUUUUUUGACAGAAGAUUGAGUGCAAGUGGCCUGGACUUCACUAUGUAAACCUGCAUUACCUUCCAUUUGAGCAUGAUUUUAAAGGUGCCGUCUUGUUAGAUUUGCGUUGAAGUGAUAAGGGAGGGGUGCUUAGUAUAGUUUAGGUAUACUUUGCUCCACAUCUGCCACAAUGCCAUCCGCACUUUUCGUCUUGGCACUGCUCGCAGCCUUAUGUAGCCUGGGAUGUGCCAUGUCACGGGAGGAGAAACAAAAGUUGAGGGCUCAAGUAGUUGAGAUGUUUGACCAUGCAUACCAAAAUUACAUGGACCAUGCAUAUCCAGCCGAUGAGCUGAUGCCUCUAACAUGCAGAGGAAGAGUGCGUGGACUGGAACCCAGUCGGGGCGAUGUAGAUGACGCGCUGGGAAAGUUCUCUUUGACCCUCAUAGACACUCUGGAUACUCUUGUGCUUUUGAACAAGACAACAGAGUUCGAGGCAGCAGUCAGGAGAGUCCUGUCAGACGUGAGGUUGGACAAUGACAUUGUGGUGUCUGUCUUUGAAACCAACAUUCGUGUCCUCGGAGGUCUGUUGGGCGGCCACUCUAUGGCUGUGAUGCUGAAAGAAGAAGGUCAACACAUGCAGUGGUACCGGGAUGAGCUGCUGCACAUGGCUAAAGACCUGGGCCUGCGUCUGCUGCCAGCCUUCAACACCAGCAGCGGCCUUCCUUACCCCAGGGUGAACUUGAAAUACGGCGUCAGGGGUCCUGAGACGAGGACGGGCACAGAGACGGACACCUGCACAGCAUGCGCGGGGACCAUCAUCCUGGAGUUUGCUGCGUUAAGUCGCUUUACUGGGGAUCCUGUAUUUGAGGCCCAUGCCCGGAGAGCCCUGGACUUUCUCUGGGAGAAGAGGCAGAGGAACAGCAAUUUGGUGGGAACAACCAUCAACAUCCACUCAGGAGAGUGGGUUCGCAGGGAUAGUGGAGUUGGAGCAGGAAUUGACUCGUACUAUGAAUACCUACUGAAGGCCUACGUUCUCCUGGGAGAUGACCAGUUUCUGCAUCGCUUCAAUAUUCACUAUGCAUCCAUAAUGAAGUACAUUAGCCAGCCUCCGCUGCUGCUGGAUGUCCACAUCCACAAACCUCUGCUUCCAGCUCGGACCUGGAUGGACUCUCUGCUGGCUUUCUUUCCUGGCCUCCAGGUGUUGAAGGGGGACAUCCGUCCAGCCAUUGAGACUCAUGAAAUGUUGUAUCAAGUUACCAAGAAACACAACUUCCUUCCAGAGGCUUUCACUACAGAUUUCAGGGUACACUGGGCCCAGCAUCCUCUAAGGCCAGAAUUUGCAGAGAGCACCUAUUUCCUUUACAAGGCAACAGGUGACUCGUACUACCUGGAAGCAGGUCGCACCAUCCUGGACAACCUUAACCGCUUUGCUCGCGUUCCCUGUGGCUUUGCUGCUAUGAAGGACGUGCGCACCGGUAGCCAUGAAGACCGUAUGGACUCUUUCUUCCUUGCCGAGAUGUUUAAGUACCUUUUCCUGCUCUUUGCCGAUGGGGUGGACCUACCCUUUGAUGUGGAGGACUACGUCUUUACGACCGAGGCACAUCUCUUGCCUCUGUCACUCUCCAGGGCUCCUCGCUCUUCCUCUUUAGUUCCCUCAAAUAGAACGAUACCUCAAUCAUCAGAAGAGCUGGAUGAUUCAAACUUUGACUGGACCUGCCCCAACACACGUCUCUUGUUCCCUGACCCCGCCUUUCCCCGUAAUCUGAGGGAACCGAUUCGUAGCGUGGUGGACAAGAGUUGCCCGCGUCCUGCUCCUCACAGGGAGCCCGGCAUGGGAACCCCUCCUCUGAGAGCGCAGGACUUCAUGGCGAACAACCCAGAGCAUCUGGAGCUGCUGAGAAGGAUGGGUGUCAGCCUGAUCCAUCUGAAAGAUGGCAGGGUGCAGCUGGUGCAGCAUGCUACGCAGGCAGUGAGCCCCAUAGCAGCAGAGGAUGGCAUACGCUUCAUGCAGGAGAUGAUGGAGCUUUCCAGCCAGCAGCAAAAAGAGCAGCUGCCACCCCGAGCCAUUCAGAUUGUCUCGCAUCCCUUCUUUGGCAGGGUGGUGCUGACCGCCGGCCCAGCACAGUUUGGCACAGAUUUGUCCAAAAGCACAACAGGGGUUCGUGGCUUUGUGACGGUUGCCGAGCCUUACACCGGCUGCAGUGAGAUUACCAAUGCCGAGUACAUGCAGGGCCACAUCGCUUUGCUCCAGAGGGGCCAGUGUAUGUUUGCGGAGAAGGCCCGCCACAUCCAGAAGGCCGGUGCCAUCGGAGGCAUUGUCAUCGACGACAAUGAGGGAAGCAGCAGCGACACAGCCCCUCUAUUCCAGAUGGCCGGCGACGGCCGCAGCACGGAGGACAUCACCCUGCCCCUCCUCUUCCUCUUCCACAAGGAGGGCAAUAUCCUCCAGGAGGCGCUGAAGGAAUAUCGAGAGGUGGAGGUCCUGCUGAGCGACAAAGCCCGGGACAGAGCAGCCAUAUUCAAAGGUAAAGCUCUUCCUGGAAGCCUGUUUGAGGGCAGUGCAGACGUCGUUCAUGAGGCAGAGGAGGACUGCCAAAUGGAGGCCACGACUCCCACUUCUUUCGCACCCAUUGGCCAAUCGCAGUCGAGCACGGCAGAGUCGGACGGAUCAAAGGUGAUUUCAUCAAAGGAAGAUCCAGACACAAGUCCAGCAGAGGAUGUCAAUCCUACGACAUCCGCUGAACGGGUAACAGAGGACUCUGAAAAGAAAGUGGAGCCUGAAAAUGACGCAGACUCCAACAGCCAAUCGGUGGACGAACUGCUAGCCGAUUGGCACGAGGACCUGGAGGCGUUUCGGCAGAUGGAGAAAGACGAGCUUUGACAUCACCCGUAGUCCAACAUGAACAUUUAGUGGUUGUGACCAUAAUCUUUAUCUUCCUCUCUUGCUGUGUGCGGGCGGCAUGCAGUGCCAAGGCUGGCCACGCAAAUGCAUUAGCGGACCAUAGUGGAGUCCUCUUAAGCCUGGUUGAUGACAGAUGAGACACCAGGAUUCUUACCUCAUUUUGUCAGACAUUUCUUUUUAACACUUGUUAACUAAUUGUUAUCAAGAAGCAGCUUUUGUGCAUCUUCCACUGAUAUCUACUGAGUAAUUAUGGAAACUGGCCGAAAAAUCCCCCACUGGUAACAAAAGUGGAAAAACCAGCACCAAUUCCUGGCGCAACAUUUUUUUGUGCUUAAUCCUCUUAAUUUAGUGCAAAUUAUUACCUCCACUGUCUUCUAUGCAUUUCUGAGACUUCUUUUAAUGUAAAAUUACUGUCAGACCAACAUGGUCUACCAAUCUUAUUUAAUUAUUUUCCCAGGCCGAGUUGUUAGCAUGUUGGCCACACAGUCAGGAGAUCGGGAAGAUCUGGGUUCGAAUCUAUGUUGGGCAUCUCUGUGUGGAGUUUGCAUGUUGUCCCCGUGCGUGGGUUUUCUCCGGGUACUCCGGUUUCCUCCCACAUUCCAAAAACAUGCGUGUUAGGUUAAUUGGAGACGCCUGAAAUUGUCCAUAGGUAUGAAUGUGAGUGUGAAUGGUUGUUUGUCUAAAUGUGCCCUGCGAUUGGCUGGCAACCAUGCCUCUCACCUGAAGUCAGGUGGGAUAGGCUCCAGCACAACUGCGACCCUAGUGAGGAUAGGCGGCAUAGAAGAUGAUGAUGAUGAUGAUUAUAAAUUCAAGGGUGUGGUUCUAAUACAACUUUGCAAGUCUUCUUUGUGGCAGACUUUAAACCAAACAUACAGUACGUCACCUGACAAUAUAAAUAUGUAUUUGUCGAUAUUUAUUGACUGAAAUAAUACAAAAACCGUUUGCUCAGGUGUCCGGCCAAGUUGUCCCAUACGUGCUGUACAUGCCCCUCCCAGCAGCGUGCCAUGCCUGUGUUGGCCACAGGGGGGUGCUAAAGGAUCUGUCGUUCAAACAAACAGGAGCAGAAUUAAUGAUGAAUUAUCGCGAUUAAAUUAAUAAAAGUUGGGAAGUGAAUUGUGAAGACUGUCAUUGAUCUGUUUGAGCAAUGGUAAUGUGUGUAGAUGUUGAGUGAGGUGAUUAAUACAACACAAGGGUUUUCGUUUGCAAUUGUUAGUAUGUUUAGGUAUAUGUUUUCGAUAGAUAACAUUUUGAGCCAUAUUGUGUUUGAGAAAAUAGCUAUUUGUUUCAAUGGCCGCUUUCUGUAGGUGUACCAAAACUUUUUUUCAUACAGCCUAGUCUGCUAUUUUAUCAUAGUCUAUCAUCCGAUGACUAGAUUGAUACCUGUAGAAAGAUGCAAUCAAAUUAAAAUAAUAAUUAUUAUAAUAAUAUAAUUAUGUUAAUUCAUAGAUUUUCACAUUUUAUUUCUACUACUUAAACUCUUAAACCCCCAAAGAAAAUAGCUAGAUAUUACGUAUUUUUUUAAUAUAUUUUUGUUUUAUAGUUUUUCAUUAUCAUUACAUUAGAUCUUUUUUUAUUACUUUUAAAAAAUAAUUAAAUGUACUGUAUUUAGAUUUUAAGAAUAUAUACAGUAUAGCUAUGAUUGAUAAACCCCAUGGACAGAUAGACAUAAUUCA